GUCAAACUUCAUAUACAUUUAGUUUUUUUUACUCACGUAACCGCCAGUGCGUUAUUGAUUUGAUAAAUUUUUUCAUUCAAAAGAGAAAAUGCAUCCGAUUUGCGUUCCACUUGCAUUAGUAACAAGAAAAAUCCAACGUGUUGGUUAUACUUAUUUGAAAUUAAAGCAAAAAUUGGACUUGAAAAAUUCUUUUUCUUGCGUUGGUGGAGAAGAAGAGGUUAUAUUUUUGGAAGAUAACUUUGAAAUUGAUGAAGGUUAUUUAAAAAGUUUAGAUCCAAAAGAAUGGAAAGACCAAGAUCAUUACGCGGUUUUAGGGUUAAAACACAAACGUUUUUUCGCAACUGAAGAAGACAUAAGACGAGCAUAUCGGAAAAUUGUGUUGCUUCAUCAUCCUGAUAAAAGAAAAGCUAAGGGUGAAGAAAUCAAAAUUGAAGAUGAUUAUUUUACAUGUAUAACAAAGGCGUAUGAAGUUUUAGGAACAACAAAAACUAGGAAAGCUUAUGAUUCUAUAGAUCCAGAAUUUGACAAUUCACUUCCAACAUUGCAACAAAUAGAGAAAAAUUUUUAUGAAACUUUUCAAAAAUAUUUCAGCUUAAAUUCCAGAUGGAGCCAAAGAAAAAAUGUUCCAUCAUUAGGAAACGAAAACUCAUCAAGAGAAGAGGUUGAUGCUUUUUAUUCAUUUUGGUACGAUUUCGAAUCUUGGAGGGAAUUCAGCUAUUUAGAUGAAGAAGACAAAGAGAAAGGACAGGAUAGGGAAGAACGUCGGUGGAUAGAAAAACAAAAUAAGAUACUACGAAUAAAAAGGAAAAAAGAGGAAAUGGCUCGUAUAAGAUCAUUAGUAGACCUGUGCUAUAAUAAUGACCCAAGAAUUUUGAAAUUCAAAAAAGAAGACAAGGAUAGAAAAUUGGCUGCAAAACGAGCUAAAAUGGAUGCUGUACAAGCAGUUAAAGCCCAAGAAGAAAAAAUAUUAAAAGAAGCACAGUUAUUAAAAGCGAAAUUAGAUUUGGCUGAGCAAAAACGUAUAGAACAAAUACGAAUAGAAAAAGAACAGCAAAAAAGAGCUCUCAAAAAAGAAAGAAAAUCUUUAAGAGACAAAGCUAAAGAAUCAAAUUUUUUUUCAAAUGAUGAAAAUGAAAGGGUUAGAAAUAUGGAAAACGUAGAAAAAAUAUGUGAAUUAUUGAAAUUGACCGAAUUACAGGACGCAAAUAAGUUAAUAGAGGAAAAUGGUUCGGAAGCUUUCUAUAAAAUUUUGACAGACCUUAACAAGAAAAUAGAAGAAGAGAGGCUUUCAUCUUUAAAGCAGAAAAAUAGUAAUUCUUUGGAAGAAACUUCCAGACUUAAUGAUAAAAACGAUAUUUGGAAUAAUGAUAAUACGCAGCUUCUUAUUAAAUCUGUAAAUCUUUUUCCGGCUGGGACUGCUCAGAGAUGGGAGGUUAUCGCUACCUUCAUGAAUCAACAUUCAUUAACUGCAGGAACUAGAAAAUUUCAAGCCAAAGAUGUCCUAAAUAAAGCUAAAAAUUUGCAAAGUGCCGACUUUUCCCAGUCUCUGCUUAAGCAACAUGUUAAUCAAGCAGCAUUUGAAUCUUUUGAAAAGCAAAAAAAGGAUUUAAAAAAAGUGGAUAAAGCUGAUAUAACUGUAAGUGACGAAAUUUCAGGCGAUAUAUCUCAUCAAGAAAACAAUAAAUCUUCGGUAGACAUCAACAAAAACAAUGUAAAUGAAACGUUUAAAGUUUGGACUAAAGAAGAGCAGGCGUUAUUAGAACAGGCAAUCAAAACAUAUCCAAUAUCAACACCUGAUAGAUGGGAUAAAAUAGCCGAAUGCGUACCUAAUAGAACAAAGAAGGAUUGCUUAAGGAGAGUGAAAGAGUUAGUUGAGAGGGUAAACGCAAAGAAACAGGUUAAACAAAUCUCAAAAUAAUUUAAAUUAAAAACAUUGUACCUAUUUAAUGAAAAAUAAAAUAUAAUGACUAAAAACAGUAUUUUUUCUUU